AAAGAACGGAACAUAAUGCUUUGACUGGCAAUGCUCGACAGUGAGUUGCUCCGGGCUGCGACAGGGUAUAAGUAUGGCGGCAUUCCCUUCACUUUCUCUCGAUUGUUCAUUCCAUCGCAUCUCAAGUCCACUCAAGAACUAGAAUCCCUCCCAUACAGAAACAGACCAACACACGCACGGCGAGAACUCGCAACCUUCACUUCAGGAUGACCACCCCGACCGUUGCUUUCUUCGGCGCGACAGGCGACUGCGCCGGCUACUGCCUCUCCUCAGCCCUUAAAGCCGGCUUCAACUGCAUCGCCUUGGCCCGCACCCCAUCCAAACUCACCAACUCGAUGAAGGCCAAAGGCGUCAGCACCACCACUCUCGAUUCCCACCUGACUAUCGUUUCCGGCGACGUCAAGGACGUCUCGACGGUCCAGACGGCUCUGCAACUCAACGGGCGCGUGGUCGACUACAUCGUCUCCGGCAUCGGUGGCCUGCCCAAGCUACAAUGGAGUCUCUGGGAGCCCGUCACGCUCAACGAUCCCACCAUUUGCCAAGAUGCCGGCGCAACCAUUCUGCGCGCUCUGCAAGGAUUGCAAGUCGAGCAGAAGCCGACCUUCAUCAAUGUCUCCACUACAGGCAUCUCGCCCCGCAGCGUCCCCAGGGAUGUGCCGCUGCUGUUCGUGCCUUUGUAUCACUGGUUCCUGAGUGUUCCGCAUGCCGACAAGCAGGUGCUGGAGGAGAAGCUGGCGGCGCAUACAAAACUGCCGGAAAAGGAGAGAGGGUUGAGGGCGUAUGUCAACGUCAAGCCGUCUCUCCUAAUGGAUGGUGCAGGCUGUGGUUUGCAGGCUGUACGGGUGGGAGUGGAUGAGAAACCGGCGGUGGGCUAUACGAUUCAGCGGAAAGACGUGGGGACGUUCAUGUUUGAGAGAUUGGUCAAGACGGGCGUGCCGCAGGAAUGGCUAAACAAGAGUGUCAGUGUGACCUACUGAUUUAUACCUGGUCAGCCUUUCUUCAUAGCCACUUAGCGAUUCUGGAUGUCAGGGAGCUGGCGUUCAAGUGUAUACCAUGGGCUGGCGGAUAGAGACAACAAUUCGAUGCAAAUCC